GACGUGGGCGGCGGGGAGGGCGGGCCUAGCGGCGGCCUUUGGGACAGGGGCUCCCAACAUGUCCGCGCUGCUGGCGGCGCUCGGAGUGCGCGAGCAGGCAGCGACUGUGGCCGGCAGCGGUCAGCGCGGGGCGGCCCGCGCCUGAGGCCGAGCCAGGCCCCCUCACACCCGGGCCGGGCCCACCCGGGCCGCCUGGGGCCCGAGCGCCGGGAGACGCCGGCGCUCGCCUGCCGACAGAUUCACAGGCUCUUCUGUUUUAUUCACCUCUAAUAUACAAGGAAGAGGUUUUAAAGUGAAUCUUUAUCAGAAGGACAAAGAUCUGGAAGAAAUCUGACUUUUGUACUGCUUUCAAGGUAUAGUUCGACAUGUAUAGUGAUACUUGCACAGUGGCAAAAUUAAAACAAUUUUUACUCAAUAGAUACAUUUGAAACUUCAGCAUUGAAAUACAUGUUGCAAAUCGAGAGAGUUUAAACUAUAUUGAUUAAAAGUGAGUCAGACUGAUUUAUUCUGAAACUGAAGUUGCAGUACUAAUUUGGACAAAACUUUGAGUAUUUAAGCUUGCAAGUUGCUAAAUGGCUGCUUCUUGCCAAGCGCUCCUCUGUUUAGAUGACAAGUGAAGCAAUUCAGAUAGCCUCAAUGCAGACACCUGAAAAAGAUUCCAUGUGUCCAGGCAACGAUACUGGAGACUGCUGCCAGAAAAAAAGGAAAUACCAAAAUAAAGCAGAUGUUUGGUCCUGUACUGUUAUCUCAAGGUUUUGCAAGUCAUUCUGUUAUGUCCUUCUUGGCAGCAGGAAUGUAAACUAAUUCUUUCAGCACUGGACUUAAACCUUGACAAGGUUGCAAUUACAGAUGACAUACAGUGUGAAGCUUGCAAUGUGUAACAUAAGGUUGUGUAGUCAUUUUAUCAUCUUUGCUGUCCCAGCUAAUAUAAUUAGCAGCCAGUGGAUGGUGACUACAGAGAUAAAGAAUAAAGAUUCAGUAUUGCAUAAACAUGGGUGCAUUUUUGGAUAAACCAAAAACUGAAAAACAUAAUGCUCACGGUGCAGGAAAUGGCUUGCGUUAUGGCCUCAGCAGUAUGCAGGGAUGGAGAGUGGAAAUGGAAGAUGCUCACACAGCUGUUGUAGGUAUUCCCCACGGCUUAGAGGACUGGUCCUUUUUUGCUGUCUAUGAUGGUCACGCAGGAUCUCGAGUGGCAAAUUAUUGCUCCACGCACUUGUUAGAACACAUCACUAACAAUGAAGACUUUAGGGCGACAGAAAAACCUGGAUCUGCUCUUGAACCUUCAGUGGAAAAUGUCAAGAGUGGAAUCAGAACUGGCUUUUUGAAAAUUGAUGAGUAUAUGCGCAAUUUCUCAGACCUCAGAAAUGGAAUGGACAGAAGUGGCUCAACAGCAGUGGGAGUUUUGAUUUCACCUGAGCAUGUGUACUUUAUCAAUUGUGGUGAUUCACGGGCUGUUCUCUAUAGGAAUGGACAAGUCUGUUUUUCAACACAGGAUCACAAACCUUGCAACCCAAGGGAGAAGGAGCGAAUCCAGAAUGCAGGAGGCAGUGUAAUGAUUCAGCGUGUUAAUGGUUCAUUGGCAGUUUCUCGAGCUCUGGGGGACUAUGACUACAAAUGUGUUGACGGUAAAGGCCCUACAGAACAACUUGUUUCUCCAGAGCCUGAGGUUUGUGAGAUUUUAAGGGCAGAUGAAGAUGAAUUUAUCAUCUUGGCUUGUGAUGGAAUCUGGGAUGUAAUGAGCAAUGAAGAGCUCUGUGAAUUUGUUAAGUCUAGACUUGAAGUAUCAGAUGACCUGGAAAAAGUGUGCAAUUGGGUAGUGGACACUUGUUUACAUAAGGGGAGUCGUGAUAACAUGAGUAUCGUACUAGUGUGUUUUUCAAAUGCUCCUAAGGUCUCAGAUGAGGCAGUGAAAAAAGAUGCUGAGUUGGAUAAGUACUUGGAAUCACGGGUUGAAGAAAUUAUGGAAAAAUCGGGUGAAGAAGGAAUGCCUGAUCUCGCUCAUGUUAUUCGUAUUUUAACUGCGGAGAAUAUCCCUAAUUUACCACCAGGAGGUGGCUUAGCUGGCAAGCGUAAUAUUAUUGAAGCUGUGUAUAGUAGGCUGAAUCCACACAGAGAAAAUGAGGCGGGUGCUGGAGAUCUAGAAGAUCCGUGGUAGCCUUACAAAUCUGCUAAAAUGCUUUUGAUUCUGAAAGGGGGAAAAAACUUUUAAAUCUGUUUUCUUCAAUACAAGGGAAAAAUUCUGGUGGAUUUCCAACAUUUUGUGAAAUGGGCAGAAAGAUAUUAGAAUUUUCCAUCAUUGUUCAUUUUUUGUGUUUUCUGAUAUUGCCACUCUUAGCAUUGCCUGUACUACAGUAUUUUUACCAGCCUCAGGCAUUCUGGUUCCAUCUGUAAUGAACUUUGGCCCUAAGAAGGAAGGAAGGAUGCUCUCAGCAGAUCGGUGCAUGUACCUGAGGUGCAUGGGAUUGUAGGUGUACUCGGAAGAUACUCUGUGGCUAAAUGACAAGUGCGACACACAAGCAUGAGAGAGCACAAGUGUUUGUUUGAUACGUUACUUAUUUCACUUUACCAAGUUGGAAGGCUUUGCAGCUCUGUGGCUUGGAAGUAAUUUCAGUUGGGCGGUAUGCUCUCAGAUGUGUAUUUUGUUUUUAUUUUUUCCAGUUUUACCUGUAUUACCAGACCAGUUAGGUUUCCCUGCGGUGUCCAAAUUGUGAUAUGUUGCCUACUGCUUGCUUAAAGAUAAGUGUAUUUGGCAAUAAUAUAUGAAGAUUCUAGGCAUCUAAAACCAGUAAGAAUUUUACGCAUGUGUACAACACACCCUUAAACUCUUGCUAGAGGAAAUCUUUUAAAACCAAACCGAUGAAUUUAGUUAGUAGUGACUUGCUUUGACAUCUCACAGCUGCAGGUUUUUUAAAAAAUGCUGAAAAUUUGCCUUUAUUAUAAUGUAAAUUGUGAUUAUUUUUUUGUUCUAUAUGUGGUUUUCUAUAGUUUUUUGAUUUUAUUUUUUUUUUCAGCUUAAGAUACAGACAGAAGUCUUGUGUAAUAUGGGUAUAAUUUUUAAUUGUUUGCAUUAUUUUCAAAGUUCAAAUUAUCACUUUGAGAUUACUAUAAAUACACUUAAAAUUAUCUAUUUUAAAUUAAGAAAAUAUUAGAGAUAUUUUCAUGGGUUCAAUGACCUUUCAUUUUAUAAGCAAUGGGCAUGGUACAGAGUGGCUGUCAUGUAAGGUACUUGAAGAUUCUUAGUUUAAUUCUAUUUUUGCAAUAACCUUGACUUUUUUCUGACUUCUUUGAGUUGUGCAUGUAAUGAGUCCAGUAAAUGCUGAAAAUGGGGAAGAGUAAAGUAUUUAUCUAAAAUAAAAGCUAUUGGGGAGGGGAAACAAUGAAUGUAUCCAUCUGUACAUGAUUUACAUGCUGUGGAUGCCUUGUAAACAUUUUCCUAUUUGUUUAAACUGUGUUUCAGCGAGGAUGUAAUUGCCCUUGUGUGUAGUUUUAAGCUAAUGACAGUCAUCAACUGGUUUUGUGUGAAAUGGAAUUCAUAGUACUUUUCUGUAACUUUAUCCCCAUGGUGAGUCUGUAAAAACCACCCGCUCUCUCAUAGCGGUGCCGAAGGGCAGCUUUCCCAAUCAUUUUGAGUCACUGUGUAUCUGAUUUUUUUUCCUUUCCUUUGGUCUAGAGAGGAUUAUUGCCACAGUAUAUUUUAUUUAUUCAUUAGAUUUUAGCCUUGUAAGUUAAAGUGUUCUAAAUGAUGAUGUUAACAGGUAUUUGUCCCUUUACUGUUUUUUUGGGGGUUGUUAAAAGAUAGGGAAUGAAGAAUGCAACAUGGUUUAUUGUUCAGACUGUCCGCUCUGGUCCAACCCUGUACUGAUAGUACCUUCCCAGUAUGAUAUUGUGAUGUUUCAUACAAUACAGUGAACAUAACCAACUUGUUAUCUUCAAUAAAGGAUUGCUAAAACAGUG